AUGAGCAUGUUGAGACGAACCAUCACACGGAGACACGACGUCUUUCGCCGGAGCACGGCGGGCGCUGGCCGCUACCUACACCUUGCGCCCCCGUUCCUCCUAGACGAUUACACGCCCCGUUACAUGGCAUUGACCUCCAUCGAUGAAUCCAAAAAGCGAUCAAAGGCCUACGCCCAUCUCUCCAAGUGCAACCUCUGUCCGCGACUUUGCGGUGUCAAUCGUUUCGAGACGACUGGAAUGUGUCUGAUUGGCAAUGACACCAAGGUCAACGUGAUUGCUCCGCAUUUUGGUGAAGGUCUGGAGCAAACCUCUCCAUCGCAUCCAACGUCUUUUCUCAACCUCUCAGAGCGCAACGGCCAAGACUUGACACCCGAGGAGCUGGGUGAAUGGUACGUUAAGCUACAGCAAAUCGGCCGUGUUCACAACAUCAACCUCAUCACCCCAGAACAUGUUGUUCCCCAGGUUGUCCUCAGCAUACUGCAUGCGAAGGAGCUGGGCCUGCGAGUGCCAAUCAUCUACAAUACCUCCAGCUUUGAUUCGUUAGCGUCUUUGGAGCUGCUUGAUGGCUUGGUAGACAUCUAUUUACCUGACUUCAAGGUAUGGGAGUCGGCGACAUCCAAGCGGUUGCUCAAGGCAGAUGACUAUGCCGCCACGGCUCGCGAAAGCAUUAAAGCAAUGCACAAUCAGGUCGGUGACCUGUGCUUUACUGGAGAUGGCAUCGCCAAGAGCGGUCUCCUAGUUCGCCAUCUUGUCAUGCCCGGAAAGGAACAAGAGGGACAUCGCAUAAUGCAGUUCUUGGCAGAGGAAGUUUCCAGAGAUUGCUUCGUCAACAUUAUGGAGCAGUAUCACCCAGACGCGCACGUUGGCAAGUCUAAGAGACGCAACAAAAAGAGCACCGACACCCAGGAUGACGAGGUCCGCUAUAGCGAAAUCAACCGAGCCGUAUCGGGAGACGAGGUGUCCUCGGUCCGAAAGGCUGCGGAAGCGGCUGGUCUUUGGCGGUUCUGCGAUCCGCCUCGGCACGACGGCUUCAACAUCUGA